UAUCAUCUUCGCUGUCAAAGUUCUUCAACUUUUUAAUUUUAGUACGUGUCAUUUCCACCGCGGCGCUGCCUUCCAUAGUUAUUUUGAUCACGUGACUAUUUUCAACCGCCAAAAUUAUUGUCAUUUUUUCGCCGACCUACAGAAUUUGCCGUCGUUACGAGAAAACGGUUAUUUUCCACAUUAUUUCGGACUAAUUAGCGCUAGAAGUGGUCGAAAACGUGUGCUAGACAUUUGUUUGAAGUGAAUCAAUAUUAAAAUCGUGUAAUCAUGGCAAAAGUGCACAUAACCAAUGUUGUUGUAUUGGACAAUCCGAGUCCUUUUCUCAACCCUUUCCAAUUCGAGUUAACGUUCGAAUGUAUCGAAGAACUAAAGGAAGACUUAGAAUGGAAGAUGAUAUACGUUGGUUCAGCAGAAACAGAGGAACACGAUCAAGUAUUAGACACGAUUUACGUAGGACCUAUACCAGAAGGCAGACACAUGUUCGUAUUUCAAGCCCCACCGCCGGACGUCACUCGAAUUCCAGAAAACGAUGCUUUGGGCGUCACAGUGGUGCUGCUAACAUGUUCAUACAGAGGCCAAGAGUUCGUUAGAGUAGGUUAUUUCAUUAAUAACGAGUAUUCAGAAUCGGAGCCGGAGUUGCGUGAAAAUCCCCCUGCCAAGCCUCAAUUUGACAAAGUAGUGAGGAAUAUACUCGCUUCUGAGCCUAGAGUGACUAGAUUUAAGAUUAAUUGGGCAGAACCUGACGCGGCGGCAGCUACAGACUCCGGAGACGGGAAUUUAGAAACUACGCAUGCACCUAGUAAUGAUUCUUAUGGAGCCUCGUUUAAUGCUGAUAGUCAGAUCAGUGGUAUUGAGUUCCAAGGAAGUUUGAGUGGUUACGGAGAUAAUUCAAAUUCUAUAGCCCCUAUGGAGUGCUGAGAUUACCAAAUAUUAGAGCUGAUGGAAUAUCUGCAGAAGAUGAAGUGACUAAACACUUUGUGAUUGGACUCGUAAUCUUGUAUAGUGUACACAAAUGGACUGACAAUUUUAAACAGUCUGAAGUUACUAUUUAAUAGACACCUAUUUCUUUAUAAGCUUAGAGCUCUGCCUCAUUAAGACGCCAUGGCGACGUUGCCGGCUACGUAUCCAAGCAGUUAAUAUUGAAAAGUAUUGUACCUAACUCACUUGGCGACGGUUUGGCAACGUCACCAAAUUGGAAGCGUGGCCACGAGCUACAGUUCUCUACGUGGCUUCUAGAUACUCUGGCAGCUUGGCGACUAUGCCACGGAUGCCACUAUAAUGUACAUGGCACAGUGCACCUCGCUCACUCAGUCGCCAGUGUGGUCGCCAGUCAGCGUGCCAUUUCUUCAGCGAUGACGUAAGCAAUUGACUGUCGAAACGCCAUGGCCACUCGACUUGGCGACAUUUGAAUGCCAGAAGUAGCCAGAUAGGGGCCGCUGGCGACGUCGCCAUGGCGUGCUAGUGAGGCAGAGCUCUUAUUUCUUUAUAAGCUAAAAACUCUGCCUCAUUAAGACGCCAUGGCGACGUCGCCAGCGGCGCAGGUCUGGGUACCUCUGGCAUCCGAAGGUCGCCAAGUCGAGUGGCCAUGGCGUUUCGACAGUUAGUUCGUUUACGUCAUCAAGAAUGGAUGUAGAAGAAAACGUCCAAAAUGGCGGCUGACUGGCGACUGAGGGUCCGUUCAGAUAGACCGGGUCGGAGAGCAGAGCAAAUUCCUAACACGUUGAAAAUUGAGUACUUAUUAUUUGAAGUAAGGUUUAUUUUUGCAUGCGCACUGCUUUUUUCAUUGAGAAUGCUCGAAUGCGCUCGGUGUGAAAUAAUAAGAGGGCUCCGAUCGUGUAUUUUUUCUUGACGUUUGGCUCCGAUUGCAUGCUCUUUAAUGCUCGCGCAGCCGAUCGGCUCCGGUCUGUGUGAAAAGAAAAAUGCGCGCCGAUGUAUCCGACCCGGUCUAUCUGAACGGACCCUGAGUGAGCGAGGUGCACUUUACCGUGUUCCAUUUUUUUUUUAAUAUGCUCUUAUCUUUUCUUUUUUAAGGCUUUUUGAUUUAUAAUUACCUAUUGGGUGUCUGAUUUUUCUGUAUAUGUGUUGAUUGCUGUAGUUGUUCAAAUUAUAACUUAUACGGUUGGCAUAUUUUUUUCUUUGAGUAUAAUAAUUUGAAAACCACUGUAUAUUUGAAGUGAAAACUUGAUAUAUCUCCUAAUGUUUCUAUAUUAGUUUAUUUCUUUGUAUCUUUCUUGCAUGCUUAAUUUGUGUGAACAAAAUUUAUUUCAAGAAUAGUUAUCGGCACGAAUCUUGAGCUCUGACCUUCACCUACAGAAGUAAUUUAAUGGGUCCUUUUUGUGGUAUAAAGUGAGGAGCGGGGGCGAGCUGAAGCGGUGAUUGGCCCGCAGCGCAUCGCGUCAUAGCCGUCACUCGGGAUUGGUUCUUUGCUAAUAAAUCACUUCUGUGCAGAUGCAGGUCAGAGCUCAAGAUUCGUGCCGAUAACUAUAUUUUCUUAACUAUAUUUUUGUAUGUAUCUUCAUUUCAAGUUUUUAUUGAAUAGUAACUUUAUUGACUGUCUAAAGAAUUUGUAUUUUUGUGAUUAAUUAAGCUUAUUAUGUUAAUUAGGAGUUGUUAGCUUAAUUUUAAUAGUACAAUAGAAAAUUUAAAAGGUUAGGUUAGAAGACCUAAGCGGAGCGAGAAAUUGUCUUCAGUUUGGUUUUUACACAAGAAAUAUCAUUACAAUCUAGCUGAAUAAAUUAUUUUAUAGCAAAUUAACUAUUUUAUUUUAUCUAUACAAUUUGUGAAAAAGUACGAAAUUAUUUUCAAAUAAAAAUAAUAGCUUCAGUGCGAGUCCACAGCUAGCAUGUGUUCGCGCGGCGGUUGCAGUGUCGCGGACAUGUUAGUAAUGUUCGCGCGCAAUGUGUUACUGUUUGCUACAGCGAGUACACCACGACAUAUAGACGUGUUCGUCAAAUUACCGCAUAAAGAGAAUCUCGUAUUUUCUUAUUCUUCUUUUGUGCUUUUAGAUAUACAGUACAAUUUUAUUUUCUUUAUAAUAAAUAUCCAGUCGCUCCGCUUAUGUUAUGAGCGCUAACUUAUGCGUGUUUUACCUACCUAAACAAUAUUAAGACAAAGAGUAGAAAACUUAAAAACAGUGACAAGGCAAUAAUCCGAGUAAAAUAUAAAUAUGUAUGUAUGAUUAUGAUUUAGCGGUAUAAAAGUAAAAUAAACGUGAUUUUUUCCUAACUAAUGUUAUAAUUGCAACAGUGUGUUAGUUAUUCAAAAUGUACCUAAUAUUUAUAGAUUAGAUAACGACCGUUUCCCAUAUUCUAUCUAUCUGUAGAAUUUCCUUACUAGAGAUAUAAUUUUCACAUUAAACAGAUGGGUAGAUAGAAUAUUAGGGACGACUGUUAAGGUUGUUACAGAUACCGGCACGGAUAUUGGGCUCUCGGCGGAAGAGUGGGGAUCGCUUUGCGCACCCGUACGCAUAAGGCAAUAAGGCAGUAAAUCGCUUCUGCGCAGGUGAAGGUCAUGGCUCGAUAUCCGUGCCGAUAACUGUACAUGGUACAUUUUCUUUGUGUCUGGGAAGUAGUCAUCCCAAGGAUGCGGGUGAAACUGCGGGCAACUGCUAGUAAAUAGUAAUGAGAUAUUUAACAAAUAAUUUAUGAGAUAUACUACUGGUAAGACGGUUUGACCUACGUCCCGGGAGAACCACUUCUCGAGUAAAAAUUUCUCACAGUUCGAUCGAUAUGUAUACCGAAUUUCACUCAUAGGAGUGCUGUAAGUUUUGUGCAAUUGACAGCUGUCAAUUGUCAAGGGAAAAUUGCAUUUUGUAUUGACUGACAAAACUUUCAAUUGCACCAAAAAACGGUCAGACUAUAAAUCGGUUCAAUAGUUAUCCCGAACAGACAUUUUUUUUUAUUUUGUGUGCUGAUUAGCAAAUAGCAUGUGUUUCUAAAUUAUGUAUUUAUGAACGAUACGAUAUUAGGUAUUUAAGACAAAAUGCAGGCAUUACUGUAUAUGUGCUUUUUAGAUAAAAGUGUUUUGUUUCCACUGUAGGAUGUCAAACAAAUUAAUUUUCCAAUUUGAUUGUAUUUUAACCGAUUUCCCAAAAAUGGGAAGGUUCUCCAUUUAGACGUUUGUGUUUUUUUAUUUACAUAGCAUGUAAUAAAUCUAGUUUUUAUACUGUAUAGUACAAAUUCUGUUUUUGAAAGUUCGAACUAAACCUAUCUCAUGGGUAUAGCAAGUACGCUCGACUCAUGUUAAGAUUUUUUUAGUUUUUAGCACCUACAGUCAACUUCAGGUCAGUGGUAACAGUUUUAUAAGAAAAUCGUACUUAUUACUAUUGAGUUAAGGUGCAUGACAGUUACCACUGAUGUGCAGUCUACCGUACGUGUCAGAGUGCAAAUGUUUUUCAAUAAACUUUUGCUAUUUACACGUAAAACCAAUUUGACGUCCUCCAAUGGAAACAAAAUCGUAAUUUAAUAUUCUUAGGCGAGAUUCCACUAAAAUUGUUCGCGCACAUUUGCUCGCGAACAAAUGUGUCCACAGCUAGCAUGUGUUCGCGCGGCGUUUGCAGUGUCGCGGACAUGUUAGUAAUGUUUGCGCGCAAUGUGUUGCUGUUUGCUACAGCGAGUACACCACGAGAUACAUGCGUGUGAGUCACAAUGCUGCACUCCGGUGGAAUCUUGCCUUAACGUUGAUAGCUGAAUAUAUCGAAAAAUUGUAAAUGGUUGUAAAUAAUUUGUACUCUCAAUAAUGUAUUUACGUUAAAAAUAACAUAACUUAAUAAUUAAUAAAUAUUUUAGUUUUAAUAACA